UGUGCUGCUGGCAGAAUACUCGUGGGUACUAGUGACUGUUGAAGCCCUGUUCGGGAACUGAUGCUUACAGCCGCGCGAUCGAUGCAAAGGUUACAUUUUAUCCUAGCAUGUUACUACCCUGCUGAAAAAUAUGUUUACAAAAUGUGCAAAAUUAGAUUGACUGCUGUGGCUAUGUAGCAGGUGGCUGCUGGUGUAUGCAAGUUUGGGUUUUCGGAUUUACACGGACGCCCGUGUGUCUGCUUGAUCUCUAGCUUGUAAAGUGGCUUAAUGAGUGUCCAAAGUAACAGUGGAAGUGGUGGUGGAAGUUUGGAGGCGACGCCAUCUUGGUCGCAGCAGCUAUCCUCGUCCCCAACGAUUUCUCAACAACACAUAACGGCGACCGCCAAGAAGGAAGGCCCCAUGGAGGAGCUGCACAGCCUGGACCCUCGCAGGCAGGAGCUUCUGGAGGCCAGGUUCAUGGGCGGGGUCAGCGGUAACACAGUAGGGAGCACAGGCAGCACCAGCGGGGGGGCCAAGGGUCUGGCCAACGAGUGCUCCAACAACAGCUAUGGCAGUUUGGGCUCCUCCAGUGACAAGGAGUCAGAGAACUCUGAUAUGAAGAGAGGGAGUUCUCCUGCAUACUCUACCCCUGAGAAGAAGCCCUCUGAGUCGUCCAGAGGAAGGAAAAGGAAAGCUGACACCCAUUCUGAGAGCAGCCAAGGGAAGACUUCCACACGGGGGCCCAAGAUCAGUGACUACUUUGAUUUCCAUGGGGGGAAUGGCUCCAGUCCAGUGAGGGCUCUACCACAGGUCCUCCGCUCACCGCAGAACUCACACCACGGAGCUCACUCUGCACCAGGUUCUAUCAUCCGACAGAACAGUUCCUCUCCCACCGGUCUGUGUUUUGGCGAUCCCCUGAUGAACUACAAAGCUUGCGCCAGCAAGUGUGUGCAGACGGAGUUGACAGGUCUGAAGCUUGCUGCUCUGGAGAGCAACAAGAGUCUGGACCUGGAGAAGAAAGAGGGACGCAUCGAUGACCUACUCAGGGCUAACUGUGACCUGAGGCGACAGAUUGAUGAACAGCAGAAACUACUGGAGAAAUACAAGGAGAGACUGAACAAAUGCAUCACCAUGAGCAAGAAGCUGCUCAUCGAGAAGAGCACCCAGGAGAAACAGUCGUGCAGAGAGAAGAGCAUGCAGGACCGUCUGAGACUGGGUCACUUCACCACCGUACGACAUGGAGCUUCCUACACUGAACAGUGGACCGACGGAUACGCAUUCCAGAACCUUGUCAAGCAGCAGGAGGGUAUCAACCAGCAGAGAGAGGAGAUAGAGCGUCAGAGGAAGCUGCUGGCCAAGAGGAAGCCCCCCAAUCCCUCCUCCCCCUCCCUCUCCCUAGCAACCACCUCUGAACCCAAACAACGCAAGACCAAGGUCGUCAACGGCAAUGACCCCGACCCCUUCCUCAAACCCUCCCUGCCCCAGAUGUUGACUCUGGCUGAGUAUCACGAGCAGGAGGAGAUCUUCAAGCUUCGCCUGGGACACCUGAAGAAGGAGGAGGCUGAGAUCCAGGCAGAGCUGGAACGGUUAGAGCGGGUGAGGAACCUCCACAUCAGAGAGCUGAAGAGGAUCAACAACGAGGACAGCUCAUCGUUUAAAGACCACCCCACUCUGAACGAGAGGUACCUGCUGCUGUAUCUGCUGGGCAGAGGAGGCUUCAGUGAGGUCUAUAAGGCCUUUGACCUGUUUGAGCAGCGCUACGCAGCUGUUAAAAUCCACCAGCUCAACAAGAACUGGAGAGAGGAGAAGAAGGAGAACUACCACAAACAUGCCUGUAGAGAGUAUCGGAUACACAAACAGCUGGACCAUCCCAGAAUAGUCAAACUCUACGACUACUUCUCCCUGGAUACAGACACGUUCUGUACGGUUUUAGAGUUCUGUGAGGGGAACGACCUGGACUUCUAUCUGAAACAGAACAAGCUGAUGUCCGAGAAGGAGGCGCGGUCAAUCGUCAUGCAGAUAGUCAACGCCCUGCGGUAUCUCAACGAGAUCAAACCCCCCAUCAUACACUAUGACCUCAAACCAGGUAACAUCUUGCUGGUGGAUGGGACCGCGUGUGGCGAGAUAAAGAUCACAGACUUUGGGCUGUCUAAGAUCAUGGAUGAUGACAACUAUGGAGUGGACGGCAUGGACCUCACCUCACAGGGAGCUGGCACAUACUGGUACCUUCCCCCAGAGUGUUUUGUGGUGGGCAAGGAGCCUCCUAAGAUCUCUAACAAGGUGGACGUCUGGUCGGUCGGGGUCAUCUUCUUCCAGUGCCUCUAUGGACGGAAGCCGUUUGGCCACAACCAGUCUCAGCAGGAUAUUCUUCAGGAGAACACCAUCCUCAAAGCCACUGAGGUUCAGUUCCCUGCCAAGCCCCAGGCCAGCACAGAGGCCAAGGCGUUUAUCCGACGCUGUCUGGCCUACCGUAAGGAGGAUCGAUUUGACGUUCACCAGCUGGGCACUGACACAUACCUUCUCCCUCACAUGAGACGCUCCAACUCCUCUGGCUCUCUUCAGCCCGCCUCCUCAAUCUCCUCCUACUGACGGGCUGAUGAACAUGACUGACAGGCCCGCUGGCCAAUCCUGGAGCAGAAUUGAUCCGAAUAUGGGAAAUGGAGUGGCGUUGGGUAUUCUAAAUCGCCCGGCCACUGUGAAAGGAUCAGGAACGUGAAUUUGUUUGGCUGAAUAGAAUGGAAUGGAUUGCACGUUGUGAGACAUGGAAAGAGAUAGGGAGGGGAGGGGGGUGGAAGUGGAUACACUUUCCACGUUGCCAAGUAGCUUUGCAGAAACGUUACUGUGUUGUGAACCUAGUUUUGAGUGAGAGAUGGGGAGAGAGGUGAGAAAGUUCUACCCAUUGUGCAUGCCAUUGGACAGGCUGUGCCUGUUGCCGUGAGGACUUAAUAGAUUGGGGCUAGGCCACAUCCCUUGCUUGUGCUGGACUGGGCUUUUAUUGGUAGAGCUGUUGUUAAUUGGAAUCCCCUCCAGCAACAUUUUAAACAGCCUCGCUGCAAGGGACAGAAUCCCAUUCCCAAAUAGACCCCUAUUCUCUUCUAUAGAAGGUAGAGGUACAUUUGGGAUGUGGCUUAAGUCGCCAAAGCAGAUCAGUUGGUUUCACUGACCCACGUUAAACCCUACCAUUGGACUAAAUUGCACUUGGGAUGAUUUGGUUUCAUGGCCAUAGCUUCUUGAAAUUGUCCUGGACUUAACUCAGCUUCAGUUUCAGACUGUUGGCCAGAAGUAUGCCAUCUAUGUUCAUGAAGUCACAUUUUUAGAUCUUGAAUCAAUAAUUAAACCUACUCCUGGAUGAAUAUAAUCUGGCCGUGUGAAAGAGGUUGGUUUUGGCGUGUUCCGAUCCUCCAUGGAUCCAUCCCUCAAGGCGCUGAGUGUUAGGCUUGUUCAGGCAUGGAAGUCUGUUUUUGUCAGAACAAAAUGUAACCAUAUGAGGAUCAACUGUAUCGUAAAGAUUGAUGUUUCCAUACAGGAAUCAUCUGGGGAAACUCAAUGUACAUUUCAUGUGUAGGAGUGACAUAUCUGCAGUCUGUCUGUACAGAGGGUCAACACACAGGAUUUACUGAACUCUCACCAGUGCCCGUUUGCACCUGUUGUUUUCACAAAGAAAUAAAAGACAAAUGCCUAGAAACAUGAAAUUAUUGAACCUCAUUUUUUUUGUAAUAUUAUCGUUCUCGUAUUCUUUGUUUUACCUUCUGUUCACCCUUGUUUUAUAUUAUCUGUGGGAAAUAACAGGUGCAAACUUUGAGCACAUGCAAUGGUCUAGUACGUCCGACCGUUGGUUUCCUCACGUCUCCUUGUUUGCUCCGAAAAGGCAUUUUUUUUUUUGCUGCUAUGUAGAUGUAGCUUGUAGUUAGUUAAAAUCUGUAUGAUCUGCCUCAGGUACAGAUAGUGCAGACCUGUGUGAAGAGGAACACUCUAGGGCCCCUGAAGUGGAUAGCCUACUCUUCAGGGGCCCUACGAAGUGCUUCUGUAUGCCAGGUGAACCAAUAACUUUGAACUGUUUUACGACCGCAAUGUUUAGUCUGGAAACCAUGUGUCAUAUAUAUAUAUAUAAAGUUGUAUGAAACUGUUCAUUUGUGAAGGAAAAGCCCAGGUUGAUCAGGCUCUGUUCUGUUCAGUAACACUUUGCUUGAACCUCAGUCAUAAGGCCUGUGUAACACUGUCAUAACACUGACAUAUGAGGUGUCAUGAGUUAUUGCAGCUGGUUUUAGUCUAUGGUAUGGCACAGUCAUAUUGGUCAUCUACCGAAUGUAAAGUGCUUUAAGUAGAGUGUUACCUAGUAUUCUUUAUAUUGGAAGACUGUGAGGAGCUUUCAACAGAAAAGGGGUUUAUAUUGAACAUCAUGGCAGACUAACAGAGGAGCCCCGCAGAUCAACGCCAUGUACUGUAAACUGGUUUUAUCACUGUCUUAUACACCGCACAGAUACAUGUCAAAAUUGAAGGGAGGCAAUGUCAGGUCCUGUCAUUCAUAUGCAAUAAAGAUUGCCUUACAAGUCCAA